AUGGUGGCAGAUGCACAUUGAAGAAGUGCAAUAAAAAGGGGAUUGUUUUCAGUUGGGUAGGUCUGCGUUUUUAUUUUGCUUUCAAUAAGUUUCGAAUGUGAGGCCUGCCAGGCCACAACCACAACUUUCUCCUCUCUCCUUAGUAAUUUGCUUCAACGUUUGAAACAUAUGUUUAGACUUUAGAUAGAUGAUGAAGCCCCAUGAUCAUGCACCAUUAAUAUACAUGAUGAAUCAAAUGCAAGCAAUCAUGAUAUUGAUGCUGAAAGUCCAAGAGGGUCUCUGAGCAGCACCUUAAUUAACCCCACCCACCACCCCAUCCUCACCAUUAAUACUUUUAAGAGAGAGAGAGAGAAAUAAUAAAGAGAUCAGGUUUACCCCCCCCUAAUUACAAGUCUUUUUUCCAGCUCUAUUUUCUUUGUUUAUGUUACUAUUUGGGUGUGGUAUAUGGAAAAACCCAUGAAAGUCAGAUUUACUUUGUGCUGUUUUCUUUGCUAGUAAUGGUUUUCCUCCACUUUACCAAUUAUUUUCAUUCUUGACACUGAAAGAGAAAAAUAAUGGGUAUUGUUGUUGGCUGUUCUUGUUCUGCUCCUCCUCAUCCUAGUCAUCAUCUUCUCCUUCUUGGUUUCUUCUUGACCCUUCUUCUACAAACGUUUGAGGUUGAACCCAGCACCUUCAAUUACACAAGGUAUAGGAAAGUCAGCAGCUUGAGACUCCAAAGGAUUCAGAGACACUUGGACAACAUUAACAAGCCUCCGGUCCUCACCAUAGAGAGUCCAGAUGGUGAUCUCAUAGAUUGUGUCCAUAAAAGAAAACAACCAGCUUUAGAUCACCCCCUUUUAAAGAAUCACAAGAUUCAGAAAGCACCAACGAAGAUGCCAAGGGGUAUGAAGAGAGUAGAAGAGAAAGAGAUAGAAAUUAGGAGUGCAUGGCAAAUGUGGCAUAAAAAUGGAACGCGCUGUCCAAAGGGAACGGUUCCGAUACGGCGGAGCACGGUGCAUGACGUGUUGAGAGCAAAGUCUUUGUUUGACUUUGGAAAGAAGCAACGACGGUUUCGUCUUACUGGGCGCAGUGACGCCCCCGAUGUAGUCAGCGGCAAUGGCCAUGAGCAUGCGAUCGCAUACACUGGAUCAUCACAGGAGGUUUACGGUGCAAAGGCAACAAUAAAUGUGUGGGAACCUUCGAUCCAAGUAGUCAACGAGUUCAGUCUCUCUCAAAUUUGGAUUCUUUCUGGCUCCUUUGAUGGCACAGAUCUCAACAGCAUUGAAGCUGGAUGGCAGGUCAGUCCGGAGCUUUAUGGUGACAGCAGGCCCAGAUUAUUCACUUACUGGACGAGUGACUCAUAUCAAGCAACCGGAUGCUACAACCUUCUUUGUGCGGGUUUUGUGCAAACAAAUGGCAGGAUAGCCAUUGGAGCUGCCAUUUCCCCCAUCUCAUCUUAUGAAUCCAACCAAUAUGACAUCACCAUCCUAAUUUGGAAGGACCCGAAAGUAGGGAAUUGGUGGAUGAGUUUUGGUGAUGGCACAUUGGUAGGGUACUGGCCAGAAGGGUUAUUCACACACUUGGCCACACACGCCACCAUGGUGGAGUGGGGUGGCGAAGUGGUUAACACACGUGCCAAUGGCCAACACACCUCAACCCAAAUGGGCUCGGGCCACUUUGCUAAUGAUGGUUUUGGAAAAUCAAGCUAUUUUCGUAAUCUUGAGAUUGUAGACACCGACAAUAGUCUUAGCUCGGUGCACAAUAUCUUAACACUUGCUGAGAACACCAAUUGUUAUGACAUCAAGAGCUCCUAUAGUAAUGAAUGGGGCACAUACUUCUAUUAUGGUGGGCCAGGCAACAAUCCUCUGUGCCCAUAACGCAUGAUAUCAUAUCAUAUUUAAUAUUCUUCUUCAUCAUGACGUACCUAGCUUUAAUUUGGUUCUAGCACUAUUGUUUUUGAGUUAGUUCACGUCCAAGUAAUACCUUCGUGUUGUUGUUGCAUUCUUUGCUUGUACGUAAAUAUAGAAUUAUUGUUGUAGAGCCAUUUCCGUUCUUGUUUCUGCCUUCACUUUUUUGUUUUGUUUCCUUUGGAUGGAAGGGAUCGAAGGAAAAUGUAUGUGGUUGACGUUGUAGACUUGUAGUCAAUAAGCAAUUAAGGAAUAUCAGGACACAUGUAUUGUAUAUGGAUGCAUAAACACGAUUGGAAAAUGGUUAGAUAUUAUUGAAUGGCUUUCAUCUAUUAAA